GUGGGUUCUGGGGAGGGUAGAGUGUACGUAGACCUUACCCCUACCUUUGAAAUGGUAGAUAGGUUGUUUCCAAUAGGAGAGAAGAAAAUGCAGCAAGAUAAUAACAUAAACAAAGUGAAAGAAACAAGCAGGUAGUACUAGAGAUCUAAGAAUAAGCAAAGGUAAAAAGAUACUAAUACUCCUGACACGGAAAAAGAUACUAAUAGUGAGGAAAGUAAAACAAAGGAAUGAAAGGCCGCCUUGCCUUUGAUGUUGUCUUGUCUUGGGGAGCAUCGAAGCUUGCUUCAUCUCCAGAGUUUUCUUGGUCACCGAGGUUAGUGUGUCUUGCUGGGAGUUGAAUUCUGGCUUGUUAAAAAAAGGGUCUGGAAAAGUGUGGCUAAUUUGUUCUUUUAUCAUAUUAGCCACACUCUUCUGUUAGUCGAUCUUGAUAGGGAAAGAAUAACUCCUCUUGGAAGAAAACUAAAGUAUGUGAGGAACUUUUGGCCGAAUUUUUUUUUACCAGCACAAGGUCUUUGCACCAAACAUAUAUGAAUGACAUGUGUGUCUUGACCUUUUUUUAUCACGAAUUAUGAAUAUAAUUAGUUAAUUCUUAUGUAUUCUCUCCUUGGUUUGUAUUUAAUGAUCCUCUUAGAGUAUUUUUAACUUGGCUUGGUACAAGCGUUCAGUCCCGGAUUGUGUGACGUGCCGCUUUUGAAGACAUCUUUUUAUGAAAUGGAAUAAAGUUUUAACCUUUAGGUGGAGUUUUAGGAUGGUUGUAGCUCUUUGCAAGGAUCAGCUUUUACCUAAAAAGGGCAAGCACAAGGUACACCAUUAGAAGUUCUCAGUUAGGAUAACUGAAAAAGAGUCAGCUAUAGCACAUCUGUCUAUUUACAAGGGUCUUCUGUUACCUAACUGCUCGAUCAAAAAUUCUAAAAGAGAUAGCUAAAUAAAAUCAGUUAUUACUCAUUUCUUUUUAAAACAUCCUAUUGAGAAUAAAGUUUGCUGUUGAGAUUGGAAGUGCUUACUUGCUUGCUGUUCCAUGGUGAUUAAGUCUCCUUAUGGGGUGAAUGUUAAGAAUCAAUUACAAUGGAUAGGGAUUUUGGAAAGGGCAUGACGGGACAGCAAAAUAACUUUGAACAAGCUCGUUAUAGUUCUAUAGACACUAGAACACAGGUCAUUGGUUCUUCAAACCAGAGAUUUUUCCAGGAUCCAUCCAGUUCUAUCAAUACAAACAUAAGACCACCUGAUCUCGCUGUACCAGUUGGAGCUAGGCCAGUAAUGAACUAUUCCAUUCAGACUGGCGAGGAGUUUGCUCUGGAAUUUAUGCGCGAAAGAGUUAACCCAAAGCAGAACCUCAUUCCUCAUGCUACUGGGGGGACUGCUGGUGCAACUUCUUAUAUGGACCUGAAGGACAGACAUGGAAAAUCUCAUGCAGGUUCUGAAAGUGGAUCAGAUAUUUCCAUGACCGCCUCAGUUGGAAAAACUCGAGUUCAACAUCACGAGAGGUCUACGUCUGUAAAUGAAAGGAUAAGCAACCACCAAGCUGUGCAAACUGGAACUAGAGCCUCAUCAAGAAAUAACAACAUCCAUGGGAUUCAAAGCCAUAUGUCUUCCAGAUCUGGUACAUCAACAAAGUUGAAGUUUCUCUGCAGUUUUGGUGGUAGAAUUAUGCCUCGUCCAAGUGACGGGAAACUUAGAUAUGUCGGCGGUGAUACGCACCUCAUCUGUGUAAGAAAUGAUAUUUCUUGGGAGGAACUCAGGCAAAAGAUGUUGACAAUAUUUAACAAUUGUCAUACAGUAAAAUAUCAGCUUCCUGGUGAGGAUCUUGAUGCAUUAGUGUCAGUUUCUUGUGAUGAAGACUUGCAGAAUAUGAUAGAGGAAUGUAAUGUACUAGAAGGUGAUGGAUCACAAAAAUUGCGGAUAUUUCUCUUUUCUUACAGUGACUUGGACGAUUCUCUGGCUGGUGUGGAGAAUGUUGAAGGAGAUUCAGAGAUGCAGUAUGUUAUUGCUGUCAAUAGCAUGGACUUAGGUUCAAGAAGAAACUCCAUUGCUCUUGCAAGCACUUCAAAAAAUACCCUGGAUGAGUUUCUGAGUGCAACAAUUGCUGGGGAGAAUGGUCAAGUUGCUAAGCGUGUAGCAGGGGCUGAUACUUCUGAUCCAGUCAUUGACAUGCCUCUAACAAGUCAAUCUGCUCAUGAAGGAGUGUCAAUUUCUUCACAUACCUUCGACUCCAAUCAACCAAGAUACUUGGGUCAAACUGUACGUCAUGGCGCUGAAUGGCAACCUUUACCCUCUUCCAUACCAGUUGACAACUUCCCAGGUGUAGAUGGCAGAAGCCUGGUUCUUCCAUCUACGCAAGUGCAGUAUAACCAUGGUUAUCAUCCACCAAACUCUUCACAACUUACAGAUGACUUUCUUGUAAACUCGGCCCACGGUUACAUGAAUUGGAAAGAAGGCAUGGCUCUCGAGCAGUCUCAUCAGAGCUCACAGGUGAAUGACCAAGAAACACAUGUUACAGUAGUGAAUCUGAAAAGAGAUAACUCUCCCCGCAAGAUGUUAGAACUUAGUAAAGAUCUACCUCGAGAGAAGGAAGUACAUGAGAAGGGAAAUAGAAAGAUAGAAAGCUCUUCACAGAAAAUAAAUGAGCCUGAAAAAAUGUGGCCUUUGGAAUGCGAAAAAGUUGGCUCCUCAAAUGCACUGGAUGAUUCCACCUCAAGUCACAUUUCUAGAGUUGAGGUAUCGACCUUCACUGCUGUGGCAGUUGCUGGAAAUGCUGUUAUACAAUCUAAAAUUGAUGAAAAGAGUCAGGAACAAGUGCAGAGUUCAGUGUCUGCUGAAGCUGUUCAGGAAGAAAAACUUGAUAGGUUUACUGAAGAUGGCUUCUCUGGAUCUGGUAGAACUUCAAAUGCUGGUUAUGGGGACUCAGGGGCACAUCCACAUGACAUUAGUUAUGAACAACCAUCAAUUCCUCAACGGACUUUUCGUUCUGAAUGGAUACCCAGGGAACAGUCGGGCCUCAAUCGUUUAUCUAAAUCUGAUGAUUCCGCUGCUUCACAGUUCAUAAUGACCCAUGCACAUUCUGAAGGAUCACAGCAGAUCAUAGAAUCAGUUAAUAAAUUGAACGAUGGGAAUGUGGCUUCUCAGACUGAGCUUUUUAUACCUUCUGGAAGAUCUUUGUCUGCUAAUCAAAGUGCUACUGCAGAGAAAGGGGUAAAACUUCCGGAAUCUCUGGAGUUAAGUGUCAGUGCCAGAGAAGUUUAUACCAAGGGUGGUGGAGAAGUUUCCGAAGCAAAUCUCUAUAAGCCUGAGUUGAAAGCAGCAACUUAUGCAGAGAAAGUGAAAUCUGGACUAGGUGAUCAUAUCAUAAGCAAUAAUGUCCAGGCUGAGUCUGCUUCCGGGCAGACAGAGGUUCAUUGUGGUGAUGCAUCUACAAAUAGAGCCGAGGGAAAUAAAGCAGCAGAGCAAAUACAAUCUUUGGCUGAGAAAGAGUGUCAGGUUGGAGAAGCAGUUUCCACAGGGAGGCCCUCUGUUACGGUUGGCACACUUAAGCAUGGGAGCAUUCUUUUUGACAUUAAUGACCGCUUCCCCCGUGAUUUUCUCGCUGAUAUAUUCUCCAAAGCCAAACUUAUGGAUACUUCACCAGUCCCUGCCCCACUGCACACUGAUGGAACUGGUUUGAGCUUGAAUAUGGAGAACCAUGAACCAAAGCACUGGUCCUUUUUCCAAAAGAUAGCUCAAGGUGAGUUUGUUAGAAGAAAUGUCUCUUUGAUGGAUCAGGAUCAUCUUAGUCUGUCUUCUACCCGUGCAAAUGUUGAUAAUGGAGUGUCUACGGAUUAUGGUUAUCCUCCUUUCAAGGGUGAUGGACCAAUGAUAGAUCAUAUGGACCCUCAGCUCAAUACUGAAGCUGAGUUCCAACAACCAUUACCUGAAAUUGUUGUCCCAGACACCAUGGAUUUGCCUUCAGAGUACAACCCUUCUCAAUCCACUGACGUUCAAACUAUGCAGUAUGAUGUUGAAUUGAAUUCGAAAAUACCUGAAUCGGGCUAUCAGGAUGAGAACCAAGGAACUCAGAAUGCUGGCUUUCCCCUUACCAAUCUCUCGCCUGGAGACUUUGAUCCCAGCUCCUUGCAGAUUAUCGCUAAUGAAGAUCUUGAAGAGUUAAAGGAACUGGGUUCUGGAACAUUUGGGACCGUAUAUCAUGGAAAAUGGAGAGGAACUGAUGUUGCCAUCAAGAGAAUAAAAAAAAGCUGUUUCACAGGUCGCUCAUCAGAGCAGGAGAGAUUGACUGUAGAGUUUUGGCGUGAAGCUGGAAUUCUUUCAAAACUUCAUCAUCCCAAUGUGGUGGCAUUUUAUGGUGUAGUGAAAGAUGGGCCAGGAGGGACUCUUGCCACAGUAGCAGAAUUCAUGGUGAAUGGUUCUCUUAGACAUGUUUUACUUAGCAGGGACAGAUACCUUGAUCGUCGCAAGAGGCUCAUAAUUGCAAUGGAUGCUGCAUUUGGAAUGGAAUAUUUGCACUCAAAGAAUAUUGUGCAUUUUGAUAUGAAAUGUGACAAUUUGCUUGUCAACUUAAAAGAUCCUUCUCGACCCAUUUGUAAGGUGGCUGAUUUUGGACUGUCAAAGAUUAAGAGAAACACCUUGGUUACUGGUGGUGUCAGGGGAACGCUUCCAUGGAUGGCUCCAGAGCUAUUGAAUGGUGGCAGUAAUAAGGUUUCUGAGAAGGUUGAUGUCUUCUCCUUUGGGAUUGUGCUUUGGGAAAUCCUCACUGGCGAGGAACCUUAUGCAAAUAUGCAUUAUGGAGCAAUUAUAGGUGGUAUCGUCAACAACACAUUGAGACCGCAUGUGCCAACCUUCUGUGAUACUGAGUGGAGAAUGCUUAUGGAACAGUGUUGGGCUCCAGAUCCUGCCAUCCGCCCAUCUUUCACUGAAAUUGCCAGACGCUUACGUGCCAUGGCUGCCGCCUGUCCACCAGGACGUCAAGCUCAUCCAGCACAAAAUCAGCAAUCCAAGUGAUGGUAUGGCGUCUUCUUCCUCGGUAUCCGUGAGUUUCUUCUAAGUAUACUCUGUUUAUUCUUUGUCAUUCAGAGAGAGGAGAGUGGUCUCCUUCAGAGUGUGAAACAACAUUGUCGAAAAACUAUUGAGCGACAUUAUAUAUAUACCCAGGAAACAUGAAAUUCUAGUUAUAUGUUGCAAUUUGUAAAAGCAUAAUUUGUAUCUAUGAUAAAUGGAAAUGUAGCUUUGGCCUCUGAAAUGCUUGGUGAUAUUAUAAGUUUUAAGUGAUU